AUGUCACAAUAUAGUCGAUCCGAUUAUCUGGAAGCCGGGAGCCUCACCCGCUCUCGAAGUACCAGUUUCUCGAGCGACUCCCAACACCCCCGAAUAAACCUCAUGUCGCCGCCAACAGUGAGCCCACCACCCGGUUUCAUUUCCGCCUCCGCUGCCUCAGAAAUUAUCACCUCCGACCAGGCAUUUAAUGCGGCCGAUUUUGUCGCCGAAGACGAACAGACCGGUGCCUCUGCCAAUGCCCUCGUUACCCCCGCAGCACUAUCGCUUUUGAACGGAUUUCUAGAUAAUCUUCUGUUCAAUGUUCUGGGCGCAUCGAAAUCCACACAACUGGCCUGUAUUCGCCCGAUCUUGGCCGACGUCCUAAAACCUCGCCUCGCGCAAGAGGUUGUGACAACCGCAGAUGAAGAGCUAUGCGAAUAUAUGGGCGGCGAAGAAGAUGAGAAGACGGAAUUUCGGGGCGGACAAGAGCCCGGCGGAGACUUUGAUCUCGUCCGUUCAUGGAAACUGACCCGUCUGCGAUGUAUGGUUUACACAAGACUGGGCGACAUGGAAGAGGAGGAUGAGGAUGAGUUUAUCGCGCAGGAUGGCCUAGGCGAGGCUGAUGGAGCCCCGCGCAGAUUCUCCAGCCAUGUCGACAAUAUCACACCCGCAGCAGCGAUUUUCCUGACCUCGAUUAUUGAGCAUAUCGGAGAGCGUGCGUUGGUCAUUGCCGGUGAGACCGCCCGGUCAAGGUUAUCAUCGAAAUUGAACGGCACCGAGAGCCAUGUAUCGGACGACCUGGAGGACAACCGGAAGCGCAUUGAGCGACUGGUAGUCGAGGAUCUCGACAUGGAGAAGUUAGCUCUGAACGCUACCCUUGGCCGAUUGUGGCGCACGUGGAGACAGCGCAGACGCAGCACAACUCUCUCACGAACGUUAUCGCGCGAGUCGUUCCGUCGUCGCAACUUCUCCAACACUCUGGCCGGCAGCCGGAAGAGCAGUAUCGCAACCAUCGAAGAGCCUGUAACUCCUAAGGAAUUUCCACCCGAGGAGGUUCCUGCACCGGUCGAUCCUGCUACUGUUCCCCUGCCCAUUGGCGAUUACGAUGUCCAAGAGAUUGAGAUUCCAGGAUACAACCCAGACAUGGAAAGCGAAGUGAUACAAACUAUGCAGGCUGUAGUGGCUCAUAAAGUCCGACCACGGAGCUUGAUGGUGGUACCAUCGCCAUCGCUUGUGUCAAGAACAGGCAACUCCCCUCUGAGCGCGUCUGCGAUUGAUAGCCCUACAAUGCAAAUGCGCCAUGCUCGCUCGAGGUCUUUGCCAAAUCAGAAGUCGCCACCACCCGCUCGAGAGCUGCAGGGCGAAGAGUCCGAGGAUGAGGCUAAAGAUGAAGGGUCUCCAAGGGCAUCGCCCAACUCCGCCAGAUCUUCCCGAUCAUCAUCCAAAGAGAAGCAGCUGGAGACCAUGUACGAGGACGACGAGUCUGCAGAGUUUGUUGACGCGUCGGAGACCACAACUGGCCUUGCGAUCACCACCGAGGUCGAGGAGUCUAAAGAAAUCGCACCGGAAUCGCCUGAGAAGGCGCGUAUGUCGGUCGUGGAGGAAGAGGAGGAAGAGCACCACGGGGAGCCAGAAGACGCUCAAGCGCUCAAUAUAACGAUCGCAUCGCUACGGUCGCGUCUUCGAGAGGACGAUGCGGCGACGGAUCAUACGGACAGUAACGCCAACAGCAACCGUGUCUCGGUCGAUUCAUCGCUGGGUGACCGUCUAACCAAUGAUCCGGAGGUUAUCGAAGGUCGGGGGAUGCGCGAGAAGCCCACACUGACGUCGAAUAUUCAGCGACCAAGGAGGAAGCCCAGUAGGGAUGUGUCGCAAUCUAAUGCAAAGCCGAUCAUUGCAGAGACUAGUGAUCUUGAUGCGCCGCCAGCGACGGAGAUCCCCCAACCUACGCAAGGGAUCGAACCCACCGAACCCACACUUUCACCUCCCGAGAACGCCACCAUCGAAGCUAUCACUCCUCCUAGCGACAAUGGCAUUUUCGACUACAACAAGGAUACACCUAUAUCAGACAUGACGCCCGUAUCUGAAAUCGCCCCUGCGAUCGAGGAACCCGUUUCCAAGAUAUCCUCCGAAGAGAAUAUCUCCGAACAACCGCCUGCCGUACAGGAACCUUCCGAAGAGAAGCCCUUGGAGGAGCAGCACACCGAAGAAACACUCUCAGCAUCCGCCUUUACUCCCGAAUCUACCUUUGUCCCAGGCGUUGAGCCUAGCGCCGCCGAAUUUGCCGCUGUUGCCGGUGACAUUACUCCAUCUGAGCUUGCACUGACUCCAGAGCUUGGUCCUGUUCAUUCAGCCGAGUCCGUCAGUGCUUCGGAGACGCCUCGACCGGCCUCAACUUCUGGUGAUAGCCAGCAUUCUACACAAUCUCGUACUCGCCACAGGCCCACGCCAUUGGUUGUAACUGCUAGCAAUCGCAGCUCUCCCAGCUUGGAACAGCGAGCUGCAGUACAGCGCAUGUCUACUCGCCCAUCUACCUCAGUUUCCUCAUCUAUCGUUACCAAAUCGCAACGCUCCGAGAGCUUCAGCAGUGCCCGCGACAAGCGUCCAGUUACAGCCGGUUCGACUACAUCCCAGGUUUCAAACAAGAUAAAGGGCCUGAUGAUUCGCCCACCUGGAGAUUCUCCUUCUAUGCGUGUUCGCAGCUCAUCUGAGACAAGCCGAGCAUCUGGUAGCGCAGAUUCCUUGGAGAACGAUACUACAGACCUGGAUAAGCUGAUCAACAGCGACGAGACAAUUCACUUUACUCUGACUCCUCGCAGCGUGAGGGAGAUGACUUUCCCAGAUCUGCCGCGACCAAUCCCACGUUCAGACACAACUGAUACUUCUGAUUUGGCUGAGUUUUUGAAGAACACUGGACCACCAGGCGCGGAUCCUCGAGUUUCGCUGUCUUCUAAGACCACUGGGGCAGACUCCAUGGGCCCGGAUUCCCCGAAGCAUAUUCCCCUUUCCACGCGCAUGACCCUGUCUCCCAAACCUCAAACAGGUCCAUCCCGUGGAUCUCGUGGCAGUACCUCAAACGCGGAGUUUGUCAAGUCCUCUGGACCGACAAGUGCACCAAGCCUGAAUGGCAUGCCUAUCGACUCUCCCAAGUCCCCUAAGUCAUCUAAGUCUGCCAGCUCUCCUCGAGCUCGCAGUAGCAUGUCUUCCACAGCAUCUCGGUCAAACCCGAAUAAGCCUAGGCUCCAGGCUCGUCCUGCUGAGACUCGAGGAUCAGAGACUUCUGACCUGAUUGACUUUAUUCGUCAAGGUCCGCCACAGUCAGGUGCGCACCGCAUUCCCCGAAAUGUUGCGCCUUUCCGUAACACAAUCGAUUCGGACGAUCUCCCAUUCGACUCUCCUCAAAAUGGCUCACUUGUUAGUACUCGUGAAACCUCUACGCCUAAUAAGUCAAUGACUUCAAUUGGUUCAGGUUCACGUACUGGAUUGCUGGAUUCGGCCAACCGCGCCAACGGCCAAACAAGGAACCCCACAUUUGCUAGCCAGUCCAAUGCAGAGGAUCCUCGUCCUCAGCGCAAGCAAAGACGGGUCCCAGACCCAUACGCCAUUGACGACGAUGACGACGAUGAUGAAAUGCUUGAGGAGUUAAUCAAUGCUACGCCCCAGAAGCCCCAGCGCCAGGAAGAGAGUUUAAUCGACUUCUUGCGCAGCGAGCCCCCCCCGGAUUUUGACUCAACACCCCAACUAUUGAGCACCAGACCACCUGCCACGUCAGGCAAUAUGAAAUCUCGUCUCUUGUCAGGAAAGGGCCCCUCAUCAAAGAUGUCCAUCAGCUCUAUGCGCUCGCAAAACAGCAAUGUUCAAGCCCAAUCUAAUUACUCCAUCAAGGUUGGCAGGGAGCGAAACCCCGGUAACAUACCAUCUACUUCACACAAACAAACAGAGACCGACGCACUGGCGGAUUUCCUCCGCAAUACCGGCCCGCCAGAGCCCGUUCCUCGAAGUCCCAAGCCCAAGGAAGGUGGCUUUUCCCGCUUCUUCUCGCGCCGCAAGAAGGUUGAGGCGUAA